CUUGGGCUGGAAAUCGCUCGCAGCAAAAAUGUUUCCCAGGCGCUGCGUGCGCGUACUCGAGCGGUGAUCGCUUCACAGGGAACGAUUUCACAAGGAGCACUCGCUACAAACCAUGGUGAAUCAAAGAGGCUAAAGAAAACUAGAAGUCCGAAAUAAUCGCGCUUGAAAUAGUUUGAAACAAAGAACAGGAUGCCCGUGAAAGGCGGAGGAAGAGUCGUGAACCCGAGUAAAAGCGAGAAUGUUAGCUCAGGAAUGGAGGAGACGGUUUGGGAGCAGUACACUGUGACUUUACAGCGGGACGCUAAGAUGGGCUUUGGAAUCGCUGUGUCCGGGGGCCGGGACAAUCCUAAUGUGGAAAGCGGAGAAGCGUCCAUCAUUGUGUCAGACGUGCUGCCAGGAGGACCGGCCGAUGGACUACUCUUUGAGAACGAUCGUGUUAUAUUGGUCAACUCCAUCCCCAUGGAUAAUGUGCCUCAUUCUUUUGCUGUGCAGCAACUUCGAAAAUGUGGGAAGGUGGCCAAAAUAACUGUAAAAAGGCCUCGCAAGGUGGCCAUCCUCAAGCACCCUCCGUCCCCGAGCGUGGACAGCCGCGAUUACAACAUGUCUAGCUACUACCCUGAGGAAAGCCACAGCGUUCAUAGCGACCCUGACUCCGAUUACCACCGGGGAAAUGGCGGCCUGGGCUACCCCCGCGACCGCAGUCUCGACAAGAGGCGGAUAGACUACCUGGAACCGGAUUACAGAGGACGCGACUAUGACUCCCGGAGCAGAGGCAGGAGCACGGAGAGAUCGCCGAGCUCAGACGUCGCCUACCGCAGGGACGGGAGCCGGGGACGGACGCUGGAACGUGAAGCCAGUCCGGAGCCUCGCUCUAAGAGGCAGCACAGCAGGGGCCGCGGGACCAGCCCGGCCGGGAGUUACGAGACGCGGAGGUAUGACUCUCGAUCGGACGACAGGAUGCUCAGGAGUAAAAGCAGGGACCGGCUGGAUAACUCGCCAUCACCCAGCAGGGAUAGGGAUAGAGAUAGAGGAAAAGACCGUCAUAACUUUGAGCCUCUAGAGCCACCAAUCGACGUAAUGCUGGUGAAAAACAGGCCCAAUGAAGAGUACGGCCUCCGAUUGGGCAGCCAGAUCUUUAUCAAAGAGAUGACCAGCACUGGAUUGGCUUCCAGAGAUGGAAAUCUUCAGGAAGGCGACAUCAUUCUCAAGAUCAACGGGACUGUCACAGAGAACCUCUCUCUGAGCGAUGCGGGCAAGCUGAUCGAAAAAUCACGUGGCAAACUUCAACUGGUGGUCCAACGGGACCACAAACAGAUCCUGGUGCGAAUUCCCGCCCUGGCGGACAGCGACUCGGAGCCUGACGAUAUUUCUGAGAUGGAGUCAUAUCAUUCCUACUCACCUCAAGAUGACCAAAGGUCACGGCAAUCUGACCUCUCAUCACACUCAUCUAAUGACGUGGCACGAGAGAACGCCAGGGAGGAUCCUCAAAGCCGAUUGGUCAAGGUGCCUGUGACGUCAUCGCCCUACAAAAUUCCAGAGGCUCCGCCUCCACCGCCACCUCAUGAGGAGAAAGAGGAGCCACGCGAGGCAGAGCCACCACCAUCAAUAAAGACAACCCCCAAAAUCCUGCUGAGACCCAGCCCAGAGGACGAGGCCAUAUACGGGCCCAAUACAGUGAUGGUGAGCUUCCAGAAAGGAGAAAGUGUGGGACUGAGGCUGGCUGGAGGAAAUGAUGUGGGGAUAUUUAUAGCAGGAGUUCAGGAGGGCAGUCCAGCUGAAGAGGAGGGUCUCCGUGUGGGAGAUCAGAUCAUGAAGGUGAAUCAUGUUGACUUUCGGGGCAUCGUGCGAGAGGAGGCUGUUCUGUUCCUGCUGGAGAUCCCGCGAGGGGAGGUCGUGACCAUCCUGGCACAGAAUAAAUCAGAGGUUUAUGAAGACAUCAUGGUGUCCGGUCGAGGGGACUCGUUUUUCAUUCGGACCCACUUCGAGUACGAAAAAGAGCUUCCGCAGUGUCUGGCUUUCUCCCGAGGGGAGAUGUUCAAGGUGGUGGACACCUUAUAUGACGGCAAACUGGGAAACUGGCUGGCCGUCCGACUUGGCAAAGACAGCCAGCUGCAGGAGAAGGGCAUCGUUCCGAAUAAGUGCAGAGCGGAGCAGAUGGCAAACGUCCAGAACUCUCAUAAUAAAGGUUCAGGAAGCGACCGAGCAGACUUCUGGAGACUACGCGGUCAGAGGGCGGCGAAGAAGAAAGAUCUUCGGAAGAGUCGAGAGGAAAGUUCUGCUGCCGUCUCCACCCGCUUCCCCGCCUAUGAGAGGGUGGUGCUCCGAGAAGCUGGAUUCCGGAGGCCGGUUGUGUUGUUUGGACCGAUCGCAGAUGCUGCCUGUGAGAAGUUGGCAUCAGAGCUUCCAGAUGAGUUUGUAAUUGCCAAAACCGAACCCAAAGACGCCGGGUCAGAAAAGUCUUCUGGGGUUGUUCGUCUUAACACUAUUCGGCAGAUCAUUGAACAGGACAAACACGCUCUAUUGGACGUCACCCCUAAAGCUGUGGACACCCUGAACUACACCCAGUGGUACCCCAUUGUCAUCCUGUUCAGCCCGGACAGUAAACAAGGGGUGAAGACCAUGAGACAGCGAGUUAUCCCCAACUCAAACCGCAGUGCCCGCAAACUCUUCGACCAGGCUCUGAAGCUCAGGAAAACCUGCUCGCACCUGUUUACAGCUGUUAUUGAUCUGAACUCUGCUAAUGAUGCCUGGUUCGGCAGUUUGAAGGAGACCAUAAGAGAGCAGCAGACUCAGGCCGUGUGGGUCUCUGAAGGGAAGCUGGACGGGACUGAGGCGGAUCUCGAUCUCCACGACGACCGCAUGUCGUAUCUCUCGGCGAUGAGCGCCGACUACCUGAGCAUGGACAGCCGGCUGACCAGCGACUACGACGACACGGCGGAUGAGGGCGGGGCUUACACUGAUAAUGAAACGGACGAGCCGCUGGACCGCCAACGGGUGUCGGCCAUUAGCCGCUCCUCUGAGCCGGUAAUGCCAGAGGAGAUCCUCAGGAAGUCCAGCCCAGAGAUUCGAGGUCGUAUCCGCAGGGUGGGCAGUAGAGAGAAGACGAGCGAAGCCAGUCCCCCCAUACUGUCCAGUUUCCUGCCUGACCCCGCCAGGGUGAAAAUGCUGUCUCAAGGCGAGGCGCCGCGGGGGCAGUACGACCCCUGUCGAAACUACGACUCGCGGUCAAGCAGUCCGGCGAGCAGCGAUCACCCCCGCAGCCAAGAGUCUCCGGGAAAAACCAAGCCCCAACCUCCGCCCACUCCCCUAAAACCCUCCCUUAAAUCCCGCGCAUCCAAAGGUCUCAACAGCCCCCCGAUGAAAAACAAGGAGGCGGUGGAAAAGAGUCCCGACGAUCCAUCUCGGAGAUCUUUUAUGGGCAAAGUAAAGGCCUUCGAACAGAUGGAUCACAUCGCUCGCUCACAAAGGGUUUUGGAACUCCAAGAGGCCCAAAUUGCACGGGUAGAAAUAGCUCAGAAACAUCCUGACAUCUAUGCCGUCCCAAUGAAAUCUCAGAAACUGGACCACAGCAGGCCACAACCUAUUGGCUCCAGCGCCCGACCGGAGCCCCAGACACCUUCCAAGCUUCAAUACACAGAGAGAGGACCGCUCGGCCCCGGCGAGGAGCCCACCAAUGAUCUCCGACGGCAGAUGUCUGAGAAGACCAAGCGUGGUUAUUAUGCCAACACACAACAGUAUCAGGACACCGAGCUUUAGAGUUUCUCUGCUUCAGCUCACCGCACAGCUUCACCAUUCCACCGGGGCGCCGCCCCGCACCAAAACUGCUGCUGACUUUUAAGACCUUUUGCUUUUAAGUUUCCCGCGCGUUCAUUUUUCUUUUUCACUUCAAAGAAGUUUCAACAUUCUGUCCGUGUGGAUAGGAUUUGAUUGAAUUCCUCAUGAUUUUGUUUUUUUAUUUGCAUCUUCUGCGUGAUCCAUGUUUUCUUGCCUAUGCAAACAUUUCAGUUUCUGCGACGCAAAACAGAAACUACUCGCCACGAGUUUAUUCGCCCCAUGAAACCUUAAAUGCGUCGUGUGCUACAGACCAGCUUUUUGUUACUCUUUAACAUUCUUUUUAUAAGCCUGAUGAAACGUCUCAGACUCUUUUAAAAAAAGUCACUCUUUGAGGUUUAUACUGUCUUUGCAUUCCUUCAUUUAUGAUCAUGUGUGUAUAUGAUGUAAGACAAUACACUGGAUUUUGUUACAAUGUUUUGAAGUGCCUUUUACUUCAUGAAUAACGUUGGAGGUUUGUGGACUUUACAAUCCAGCCCUCUGGACAAUAUUUUGCUGCUUACAGCUUCAAGGAAAAACAGGGACGAAGUCGACACCAAAACCCUUAAUGCCGUGCGCCACUCACGUGAAACCUCAGUGUAGCAACAGCAAGAGAGAUGAAUUGUGUUUCCAAAAGGACACUUCACCAAUCAGGUUGGUUUGAGUAAUAACAAACUCGAGUUUUAACCCCACUGCGUUAUGAUUUAACACGCUUGAUUGUACAUUGGUCUGCUGUACCUCCACGUAUCAGUUCAAAGUGCUUCUAAAACUCGUGGAUUAUAUUUUGAUGGCUUCCGCUUCGUGUGACGGUCACACACUGAGAGAACCUGCCCGGACGUUUGUGCUCGGGUCGGCUAUGGAAUUUCACUGUACUACACCAAAUAAAAUGAACUAUAUUGACAUUGUU